ACAAUAUAAUAGUUUUCAUUGCCGCGCGCUCGUGAGAUUUCGUUCUUCCAGUCUUUCGUAUAAUAAUAUUAUGUCAGGUACGAUUUUUCAAUCAUCGUUCACAAUAAAUACAAAAAUGUCCAAUUUAAAGAGUUCAAUAUCCAUAAAUACAUCCAUACACCAAGAACAUUUAUGAUCAAAGAUUCUUUCGCGUUCAUCAUAUACAAAAAUGGACGCGAAGCAGAAGGGUAAACUCAUUGAUCACAGGAUCCCUUCUGCUGAUACCGAUCAAGAAUAUUUGGAACAAUAUCAAGGCAAAAUAAUAGACAGUCAAAAUCGUCAACUCCUACCAUUAAAAGAAGAUUUGGCGGAUUGGAUCAACAAAUCUUUAGAUAUUGAUUGGUUGAAUGCGAUAAAUCUUUUGGAUAUGUUGGACAAUGGUGUAAUUCUAUGUCGCUUAGCUAAGACAAUUGAAUGUCUAGCACAGGAGUCUAUACUUACAGGACACUAUAAAGGCGAUUUACCGACAAUAUCUUCACGGUGUUUCGAAUCCGCUGCAAGGCACAGUUUUUUUUCAAGAGAUAAUACAGAAAAAUUUAUUCAGUUUUGUCGACGUCUGGGUGUACACCAACAUCUUUUGUUUGAAAGCGACGAUCUAGUUUUGCAGAAUAAACCUCGUAAUGUCGUUUUAUGCUUAAUGGAAGUGUCUCGUUUGGCUUCCCGGUUUGGUUUGGAACCACCGGGUUUGGUACAAAUGGAAAAAGAAAUUGAUGCUGAGGAAGCCAGAGACCAGAAUGUUAGUUCCAGCACAAAAAUAUCUAUACCAAAUAUUCGACAUCGCUCAACGAGUGCAAUACCAAUGGCUAUAAGGUCUGUGAGUAAAUUAAGAAGAACUGAGAGCCUUGGAGCAGCAUCUAUGACUACUUUGAAAUCUGAGUCGGACACUACUGAUGAUGAUUAUACGAUUGAAGGUGGCAAUAACUUCAGUGAACUUGAUUACAAAGUAAAACAAGCUAGUCGGCAGGCACUUGCACAAUGUCAUUGUCAGGGAAAAAAAUUAAAACUGAAAAAAAUAGGAUCAGGAAGAUACAAUAUACACGGUCGAAAUGUCUUUAUUAGAUUAUUGAAAGGAACACACAUGAUGGUGCGAGUUGGAGGAGGAUGGGAUACACUAGAAAACUUUUUGACACGUCACGACCCAUGCCAAACUCCUGGACGUCCAGUUGUUCGAGUCUCAUUACCUUCAAAUCGAACACCAUCGCCAGCACCGCCAAAUAGUCGGAUUCAGUCACCUUCUCAACGCAAGUCAUCCAUACCAAGAUAUCUAGGGUCAAAGUUUAAUUCACCUAACGCAUUCAAAACCCUGCCUGAAUCUGCACUUUUAGCACGCUAAUGUUUCCUAGUUACAUGUUACAACGAUUAAUAUUUUAUUAUUAUUUUAUUUUUAAUAUUUUAACACAUUAUUAUA